ACAACAAGUGGAAGAACAACAAGUGGAGCAGGAGCAAGUUCUGAUAGCUGAUAUCAGCCCCUGCCACUCCCUGGAAACCGUCGAAAGACUUGAAGAGCCCCAAUGUGACACCUAUGAGGAACCAUCAGAAACCCCUGACGAUACCAACUGCCAGGAAAAACAAAAGCAAGAGCUGGAUCUGGGCAUGAACAACUGCCAGGAGAAUCAGCUUGAAGUAAAGUUCCCGACGCCCAGGACAUAUCUGCAAAUCCUGGAGCCAACAGGACAGGACAGCUACGGGAUGAAUUAUACCGGUUGGCACCGUAAAGAACAACUGGAUGUGUCCGUGACCAUCGUAAAGGACAUAGAGAAGAGAAAAGACAUCCUUCAAGAAGUGGAAGUCCUUGAACUUAUCAGAGGCCACGAAAAUGUCAUUGGCUACUAUGGGGCUUAUUACCAACGUGCCUCUGUAAAGAAGCCCCACUAUGAAGGACUGUGGAUUUCUAUGGAGCGUUGGAAUGGUGUAGCGGUGGAAGAUCUAAUCUACACCAGUGAGCAGUACUCCUUGCAUGAAAGCUGGAUAGCGUACAUCUGCAAGGAGGUAUUAAAGGUAUGUCUCAUGUGAUCCUCCUUGGCACUUUUCUGGCUAAAUCUAGUUCAAUUAAGAGCAGAAAAAAUAUUAAUAUAUUUGCUUUAUUCAUUUCCCAGG